AUGUCCUACAACCCCUAUCAAGGUGGAGCCCCUGGCCAAACCUUUCCCCCAAACCAAGAUCCAAGAUACAUCGACCCUCGAGCACAACAGACUCCCCCGACCUUCCAACCAUCCCCGAGUCCUCAACCCACCUUCCAACAGUAUGGCGGCCAGGUCAACCCGCAGCAGGUCUAUGCAAAUUCGCAGCAGCAGGCCUAUGCUGGGCAGCCUCAUCCUCAACAAGACCCCAUGAAUGGACUGACCGCACAAAUGGCUGGAGCCGAAAUUAGCUCCGCACAUGCACCACGCAGAAAGAAGGAUCGCCAUGCACAUCAUGAUAUUGCCUCGACCCCGGGUCCAGUACCACCACAAGUGGAUAGUUCACAGCAGGGUGUACCGCCUGGUGCCCAAUUUUAUGGUGCUGGGCAGCAUGUCCCGCAACAGCAAGCAGGUCCGCCAGGCCAGACAGAUUUCGUCAAUUCUGCAGACAAAUUACGCAUGGGAGAAGAGGCGGUGGCUACCCAAGGUCGUGUCGACCCUGAACAGAUACCGAGUGUGGCACGAGCAAGAGAUGUGGCGACACAACACUAUCAAACGAAUAUCUACCCGAGUAUGGAACAACAUCUCCCUCCACCCGGUGCCGUCCCUUUUGUCGCCCAUGACCAGGGCAAUUCUACACCAAAGUAUGCGCGCCUCACGGUCAACAACAUUCCUUCAUCCCAGGAAGCACUAGCAUCGACGGGUCUGCCUCUUGGUCUCGUCUUACAGCCAUUCGCCGAACCGCAGGAAGGAGAACAACCAGUACCUGUCUUGGAUUUUGGUGAAGCAGGCCCUCCGAGGUGCCGCAGAUGUCGAACAUACAUCAACCCAUUUAUGACCUUCAGAUCCGGUGGCAGUAAAUUAGUAUGCAAUAUGUGCAACUUUCCCAACGACGUGGCUCCCGAGUAUUUUGCACCUACAGAUGCUUCUGGAGUCCGCGUGGAUCGACUACAGCGUCCCGAAUUGAUGCUGGGCACGGUCGAAUACUUGGUGCCGAAAGAAUACUGGGCAAAGGAGCCUGUACCCCUUCGAUGGUUGUUCUUGGUGGAUAUCACUCAAGAGGCCAUUAAUCGAGGACUCCUUGCCUCGGUAUGCCAAGGUAUCUUGGAUGCACUUUAUGGACACGAAAGAGAUGGAGAGGAAGGAGAAGACGAUAAUGAGGAGACUCCAACUUCGAAACUCCCAAUCGGUACCAAGAUAGGAAUUGUGACAUAUGAUAAAGAAGUCCAAUUUUACAAUCUCACAGCGGGCUUGGCGACUGCACAGAUGAUGGUCAUGACAGACCUUGAUGAUCCAUUCGUACCUCUGGCCGAAGGACUGUUCGUUGAUCCUCAUGAAUCAAAAGAUGUCAUCACCUCCCUACUUCAAUCCAUCCCCACCAUGUUUACCUUGGUUAAGAACCCUGAACCAGCCUUGUUGCCCACUCUCAAUGCAGCAAUGGCAGCCCUGGCAGCUACUGGAGGCAAAAUCAUCUGUUCCUUAUCUACACUGCCGACCUGGGGUCCUGGAAGAUUACAUCUACGUGACGAUGGGAAAGGUCGAGAUACUGACCAUGAAAAGAAAUUGUUCACCACUGAGCACCCCCUUUGGAAGAAGACUGCCAGUGCCAUGGUAACUGCUGGUAUCGGCGUCGACUUCUUCUUAGCUGCCGCUGGAGGUGGAUAUAUGGACAUUGCAACCAUUGGACACAUGUCUCGCCUGACGGGUGGAGAAAUGUUCUACUAUCCCAACUUUGUCGCUCCUCGAGAUUCUUUGAAGCUCCAAGACGAAAUCAAGCACUCACUGCAUCGAGAAACAGGCUAUCAGGCACUGAUGAAAGUGAGGUGUUCAAAUGGACUUCAAGUUUCUUCGUACUACGGCUCAUUCCUUCAACAUACCUUUGGGGCCGAUCUUGAGUUUGGUACGAUUGACAGAGAUAAAGCUAUUGGAGUUACCUUUUCUUAUGACGGCAAGCUGGAUGCCAAAUUGGAUGCUCACUUCCAAGCAGCCUUGUUGUAUACCUCAGCUACAGGUCAACGACGAGUACGCUGCAUCAAUGUUGUUGCAGGAGUCAAUGAAGGUGCCACCGAAACCAUGCGUACCGUUGAUCAAGAUGCAGUCGUCAACAUAAUUGCCAAAGAAGCUUCUUUCAAGAUAUCAGAAAAAUCUCUGAAGGAUCUUCGUGCUGCAAUUACGGAAAGAACGAUUGAUGUUCUAUCUGGAUAUCGCAAGAAUUUCUCCGGCUCACAUCCUCCAGGCCAGCUAGUACUCCCAGAACAUCUCAAGGAGUUCGCUAUGUAUACGCUCGGUCUAAUAAAGAGCCGUGCAUUCAAAGGCGGUGUGGAACCUACAGAUCGCCGUGUACAUUCUGCACGAUUGUUACGAUCCGCUGGUGUUACAGAGAGUGCUUUAUAUCUGUAUCCAAGAAUAUACGCUCUACAUAAUCUACAGCCAGAGGACUGCUUUGCCAACCCCGAAACAUUCCAGCUUGUUGUUCCGCCAACACUUCGCGCAUCAUUCGCUCGUGUUGAAGAAGGAGGCGUGUAUCUCAUUGAUAAUGGGCAAAUCAUGUUGAUCUGGCUUCACGCCCAAACCUCACCAAAUCUGAUAGAAGAUCUCUUCGGCGAAGGGAAACAAUCUCUCCAGGAACUCGACCCAAUGCUCAAUAGCCUCCCAAUACUUGAAACUCAUCUCAACGCACAAGCACGGAAUCUCAUCGCCUACCUCUCGACCAUCCGCGGCUCCAAAUCAGCAACAUUCACCUUGGCAAGACAAGGCCUGGACGGCAGUGAAUUCGAAUACGCACGCAUGUUGAUCGAAGACCGUAACAACGAAGCCCAAAGCUACGUCGACUGGUUGGUCCAUGUACACCGCGCGAUUCAGAUGGAACUAAGCGGCCAGCGCAAGAAAGAAGACACGGGAGACCACGAGGGUAUUUUGAACUCGUUGACGGGCUUGAAAGCGCCUUAUUGGACAUAG